UCUUGGUUCUGUAAACCUAACCUUAAAGUUGAAUUUUUUUUAAUUUUACUAGAGACAAACUCAAAUUUAACAUUUUCCUGACAUUCCGAUUUGACUUGGUGGGUUACGAUUAGUAUGCCAAAGUAAUGGAUAGUGUUAAUGCUUUGACUUCAGUGCAACCAAAAGAAUGUCCCAGCAAUAUAACUAGUUUUGCUGCUAGAAUUGGUGAAAACAUUACUGAAUUCGUAAUUAUUAAUUUCCAAAACCAAGACCUAUUCCUAAUAACUCAGUAUAACAAAGUAGCGAGUCUAUAUAAAGUUGAAAUCGACAAUCCCACUACUGACUUAAACAUAUCAGAAACGGUGUAUUCAGUUAGUCAUACAAGUGGAAAAGAAAAUUCUGAAGCGUUAGGUGCAAUCCGCUUUCUUGCCGAAAAGUUGAAUUUCAUAAAGACUACCAAUAUAUUUUUGGACUUGAGAAGCUACGACAAGUCUGAUAUCUUGAGUAUUGCUAAAGCUCUGUCUGAAAAAGUAAACAAUGGCUCUUGUUAAACGAACAAGGGUAGAAGAAAAUUUAUUUGGUCAGUUAGUUAUAGGACCACCUAGUUCUGGUAAAACUACCUAUUGUGGAAAGUUAGCCAAGCUUUAUAAGGAAAAAUUGAAUAGAGAUGUUGCAGUCAUUAAUUUAGAUCCAGCAAAUGAAAAUAUGUGUUAUAUUCCUAAGAUUGACAUUAGGCAACUAGUAUCAUUGGAAAAUUCGAUGGCACAAUUUAAUUUGGGACCGAAUGGUUCCUUGAUGUAUUGUAUGGAGUAUUUGGAGGAAAAUUUCGACUGGCUUUUGAAUCAAUUAUCCUCAAUAAAAAAUUGCUAUCUAAUUUUUGAUAUGCCUGGCCAAGUUGAACUAUACACCCAUCACAGUUCGAUAAAAAAUGUUUGUGAGAAACUCCAAAACUUGAAUUAUAAUUUAUGCUGCGUCCAUAUGGUUGAUUCGCACUAUUGUUCAGAUGCUCCAAAAUUUAUAUCAACACUUCUUUUGUCUUUAUCAACAAUGUUGCAUAUUGGAAUUCCUCAUGUCAAUGUAUUAUCCAAGGCUGAUAUAUUGAAAGCCAAUUCUACUAAACUGGAUUUUGGUAUAGACUUCUACACAGAUGUAUUGAAUCUGGAAUAUUUAUUAGAUGUAUUGGAUGAUGGGCCUUUGACAAAAAAAUUCAAAAAAUUGAAUGCUGCCCUUGUCGACUUAGUUCAAGAUUAUAGUCUUGUCUCAUUCAUUCUCCUGAAUGUAUUCUCAGAGAAGAGUUUGAUGAAUUUAAAAUCUGCCAUCGAUAAGGCUAAUGGAUAUAUUUAUGGUAGUGGAGAAGAAAGAAAUAUUCAAUCACUUUUAUCUUGUGCUAUUGGAGCAAGGACUGCAACUGAAAGGUUUGAUGUAGAUUACAUGUGAUAAACUGAUAAUUCACAAAUAUUUAUUUUUCAAAUAAAAAUUUUACAAAACUAA